AUGGUUGUUCGCAUUCGGCUGGCUCGCUUCGGCAACAAGCACAGCCCCUUCUACAACAUCGUCGUUGCGCAGGCACGAUCUGCCCGCGGAGCUAAGCCGCUCGAGGUGAUUGGCACUUACAACCCCGUGCCAAAGCGUCCCACGAACCUUUACGAUGAGAACCCCAAUGCACGCCCAUAUAAGGAGAUCGCUCUCGACCGAUCAAGGGCGCGGUACUGGCUGGGUGUUGGCGCACAGCCCAGCGACCCGGUCUGGAAGCUGUUGACUAUGGCUGGACUCGUCAAGCCGAAACCCGCUACUUACCUGGAGAAAAACGUUUGA